GCCCCUGAUCUGAGCCCCAUCUCUCCGCUCCAUUUGCAUUCACUGGCUAAAACUGGCUGGCAGGGCAACACUCUCAACUUUCUGUUCCAGGCUUUGAAGCGUUCCAAAACUUUUUAAUUGACUUGGAGUGGAGGGGACAGAGAGAGAAAGGAGAGGAACAAGAGGAAGAAGAAAAAGAUAAAGUACAACUAAAACCUUAGACUUCCACAGGAACAGGGGAACAGGUGGGCCAAGCUGAAAUAAGCGGUGUCUUGAAGCUGGAGGCAGGGGUCAUGGAUAUCAGGAUGCAACGAGAAGAGGCAUCAGCUCAGGAAGUGUUCAGCUAUGCCCAGAUGUCCACCCUGGAGCGAAACAGUGGGGUAGGAACGCUGAGUCGGCAUCUGGAGCGGGAGAGGUUGGAGAGAGACAGCUACACAGUGGAUGUCAGGGCCAGUGACCUGCAGUUGGAUCAGCCUGGGCCAUUACAUCCCUGCUUUAGCUACAGAGUCUGGCUUUACAGCAUCGUUAUAGGGAGCAGCUUGCUCAUAGUGGCAGCUUUCUCCCUCUACAUGGGUAAUGUGUUUCCAGAUGCAAUGGACUACCUGCGUUGUACUGCUGGAUCUAGUAUACCAGCUGCAGUGGUGAGCUUCACUAUUGCCAAAAAUAGACAAGUUGCAGUCUCUGACUUUCAAAUGGUGUAUGUGUCGUCCUUUGCUGUGACAACCACGUGUCUGGUGUGGUUCGGUUGUAGACUCGCCAUUAGUCCCUCAGCCAUCAAUAUUAACUUUAACCUGCUCCUGCUUAUUGUGCUGGAAGUGCUCACGGCCAGUACUGUCAUCCUAUCAGCACGCUCAGUGGACGACUGCUGCAGUCAUGGAAAGCCAGUGUCUGAUGGCCCUGUGGUUGUGACCCCAGCUUCGUUCCCCACUCGUCUUCUCAAGGCUUACGCCGUAAUUGAGGUUAUAUUGGGCAUCUCCACUGUAUUUGGAGGAGUUAUUGCUCUCAAUUUGGGUGCUCUCCUCCCAGAGCCAUAUCUUUCUGUCACUUUCUUCUGGAUUCUAGUAGCUUGUUUCCCCAGUGCCAUUGCCAGCCAUGUGGUGGCAGAAUAUCCCAGCAAGAGUCUGGUGGAAAUGCUGAUUGCUAUAAGUAGUGUGACCUCACCACUGCUUUUCUCAGCUUCUGGAUUUUUGUCCAACAGUGUGAUUAAUUUUAUUGAGAUUUUUCUGCAUGAUGUGCCAUUAGCAAAGGUGAGUCAUUUCUGUGCACCACACCAAUCAAAUUAAAGUAGUUCCAAUAUGUCCGAUUUUGACCUUUGUGGCUCCUUAAAGGGAUCGCUCAUCCAAAAAUGA